AUGGAUCACCGGUUUAUCCGAGCGUGCUACCAGUCCUUCCCCAAGAACGUCGACGCGCUGACGGCCCUGCGCAAGGGCCUCAGCGACCCCGACGGCGUGCUCACGAGCUGGGACCCGAGGCUGGCUACCGAUCCGUGCGAGUGGUUCCAUGUCACCUGCGACGGCGCCAACCGCGUCACCCGCCUGGAUCUCGCGAAACACAGGUUGUCCGGCACUCUGGCGCCCGAGCUGGGGCAACUGGAUCAGCUGCAAUACAUGGAGAUUUUCGGGAACAAUAUCCAGGGGCAGAUCCCGUCGGAGCUGGGCGGCCUGACGAACCUGGUCAGCUUGGACCUGCAGGACAACAGCAUCUCAGGACCCAUACCCGCGACGCUCGGGAACAUCAAGUCCCUCAAGUUCUUGCGCUUGAGUCACAACCGCCAGACGGGACCGAUCCCCAGGGAGCUUGCCGGACUGCCCAACCUUAGAGUAGCGGAUUUCUCCAACAACAACCUCUGCGGCACGAUCCCGGCGACCGGAGCGUUGAAGAACAUUCCUCCCAACAGCUUCGCCAACAACCCGCGGCUGCAUCAGGGGGGCGCGUACGUGUCCAGCUGCUAG